AUACAGAUGUGGAUGAACACGGUUAUCAGGCCGAUCACAAUGACAACAGUAAGAGACCAGAAAGCCGAAGUAUUGAAGAAAAUGCAUACGUAUUUAAUACAAAAGACUCUAAUGAAUCUAAUGACAGUCAAUAUGAAAUUAUAAGUAUUUCAGAAGAUAAAGAUCUACUGAAGAUGAGAUUUUCUAAACCAAGAGAUGGACAACUUGAAGAUUUAGAAAGAUUGUUUCUUAGCCACCAUAGGGUUUGCGAUUUUCUGCGUGACUCGUUUAAUGACUUCGAUGCCUCGAUUUGUGACUGGAUGUACCAGAGCGAAUACAUCGAGGGAGGAAUUAAACCAGAGUUGAUUUACUCGCCAGGCAUUCAAGAUUGUGAAUGGUACCGUUCACAGCUUUCGAAUGAAGGAGCCAAAAAGGAACUAAAAAAUAAACCUCCGGGAGCAUUUCUUGUGAGACAGGCUACAACAAAUACUGCUGAACCGGGCGGAUCGCUGCACGUGUUCACACUGGAGUUUGUAGACGAACACGGCCGUAUCAAGAAACUGAUGAUAAUGAAAACUGGUGACGUGUACCAUUUCAAGGAAUUCUUGACGCAGAAACAUGAGAUUCAGACAUUCGAAACCGUAUCUGACCUCGUGGCCAAAGUUCUUACAAGUGGAUUAGAAAUCAAAGACUCCAGAACAAAACUAUUGACUAUAUUUCAUGUAAAACCGGUUUGGCGCAAUACAUAAGGUAUACCUACCUUCAAUCGUAGGUUGCAGCGAACAUUUCGAUAUUUUGCCACAUGUGUGUCGUCUUUUAAAAAAUGUAACAUGAUAACAUUGACACAGUGUUUCUCACUGUGAAAAGUUAAAAAAAAAUCCCGAAAUAAGCUAUUACUGUAUCGAAGAACUUAAGAUUAUUAAGUUUAAAUAUGGAGUUAAUAAUUUGGUAGACAAUCGGGAAAACGUUUGUUUUUGAAAUAUGGAGAAUAAUUACAUGUUUGAUUUGAAUACUUGCUUAAUUAAUAUGUUCUUCAAUCACAGACUACCAGAUGAUACAGUCUAAGAUGUUAAAUAGUAAACAUGAUAACCUUAAAAUAUUGUUAAAUGACAUUGUAUUUAGCUCAGAACGAUUUUUGAAAUAUAAUCAAGUCUUUUUGUAUUGUGCAAAUAUCUAACUGAAUGAACCGCUUUGAAUUGCUUGGCUAGUUAAUUGCAGUUCUUGGCUAGUUAAUUGCUGUUUAAAUCUAUUUUUUGUAAAAGGCUCUUUAAACAUACUGACACAUUCCAUAUAUACAGACGGUUUAUGUUUAGUAAUAUUUGUUUUUCCUCUUAAACUAAUCCAUUAAUCUGAUCUAGCUACUGCACACAUGUACAUCUGUUUAUUGAUCUAACAUGUGUUAAUGUUUAUAUAAGUAUGUGCUUAAUUAAAUAGCAAAGCUAAACACUUAACUUGUAAACUAAUAAAAUAUUAGCACUUCAUAAAUAAGUUAGAGAAUGUAUUUGCUGUUUUCAAACAAAAAUGAAAAAGUAAUAAGUCUGAGGUUUGUAUAACAGGAACAUUCAAAUAAGAAUUGGUACUCGGAUUCGAUUGUAUUUGGUCCCUUGCAGAGUAAACACAAUCUCUCUUCAGGCUUCAUAUGUCGGAAUCUCCCGGUAUCAAUGCGUAAUGGCAAGGUUCCAGUUCUGAUUUGUGCAAUAAACGAUCUGAGAUGUUUCGGGAGGCACAUUGUCACGUAGUUUUCGCACUUAUAUAUAUGUUUUAUUUGCCGAUAGGUUCUGAGUUUCGGCUGGGUUUCGAGGCCCUGCGUCCAUUUGUUGAUGUCGUUUUUCUUAUAGUGUUCGGUUGCCCGACUGAGAAGACUAUUUAAUGAGAUAUUGCCCAUCGAUCUGGAUGUAAAUGAGUGCUGGAGGUUCAGUGAUUCAAAGAUGUUUUUAAUGUCGGAGUUCCAGCCCUUAUUCUGCGAGAAGUCCCAAUUAAAAAUCCUCUUUGAUAGCCUAUCGUCUUGCAUCUUUACAAGGCGGUCCCACAGGCGCAGUAUCUUAAUAUGGUGUCUUGCGGUAGUAGUCUGACACCCAACGUCGCCGUUAAUUACAAUAUUUGAUGCGUGUUUAUGCACACCAAGAAAGGCUCGAAUCGCCCUAUGUUGUAUAGUGUCGCAUUUCGAGUAUGUUUUGUAUCCACAAACACCUGAACUGUAAUCCAUCACAGGUAUAACACUGCUGUUAUAAAGUUUGGUGUAUACGGUAAACGUUAGUCCAUUAAUUGUUUUAGCUUUAUUUAAAAUCCCACCGAGAGCCCUGCCCGCCGAUUCCGCCAGUGUGUUAGCGGUAACGGAGAAGUCAAGCGUGUCUGAUAAAAUGCACCCGAGGUAUUUAUAACUGUCCUUUAUAUUAAUAGCGUGCUCUCCAAUGUUAAAGGCACACGUUGUUUGUUGCUGACUUUGUUUUCGGAAACGCAUAACGCUCGUUUUCGAAGGAUUUAUUUUCAUGCGCCAUUUUUUGCACCAUGUAUCGAUUUUAUCCAGCAUCUUUUGGAGAUGUUGUGCGCUUUUGCUUAAAAUAACAAUGUCGUCCGCGUACAGUAGGAUACAUAUAUUCACCGUUGAUCAUUAUACCACAGUUCAUUUCCUUCAAUUCAAGAGCAAGAUCGUUUAUAUAGAGUCCAAAUAACGUCGGUGAACUUAUGUUUCCCUGCUCGACAGAGCAUUCGAUGUUGUGGUAAUCGAUUAAGUGAUUGUUAAUGUUCACCCUCGCUUUCGAAGUGCUGUAAAGAUGACGUAGAACGUGAUAGAAACCCUAUCAAAUGCUUUCAUCAUAUCAAUAAAACAUGUAUACGUUGCUAGUCCCUCUGCCUUUCUGUUGCGAAUGAUGGAUCACAGUGUGAAUAGGUGAUCGGUGCAAGAUCUAAGUUUGCGGAAGCCAUUUUGCUCAUCGACAAUUAGUUCGUUCUGGUCAAAGUAUUGUGUCAAACGGUUGUAAAGAACACUCGCGAAUAUUUUGCUCACGGCCGGAAGUAGGCUGAUACCGUGGUACACGCGGGUCGCACGUGUUGUUCUUCGGAAUUGGAUUGAUUAUUUACGCGGACCACAUAGAGGGCGUUAUCCCAAAUGUAAAACAUUUGUUGAACAGUUCGGAGAGCAGAUGGUAUGAACUUUCAUUUUAAAAACUUCGUACGGAAGUGAGUCCUCUCCGCAUGCUUUACCGUUUUUGCAGUUUGAAAGAGCUUUUAUCACCACCGCUAUGCUUAUUGUUGUGUUAAGCAUCGGGUUCGAGUUAUCGUCAUUAACAUUUUCAGCCUCUGUGAACUGUUGUUCGAGUUCCAAUUUAAACUUCUUUACUUCUUCGUAAAAUUGUUCAUCAAAGUUUGCGCCUUCGCACGCUUCCGCUUUGUCAAAACGUUUUUGGAAUUCUCUCUCCCAAAAUUUAAGGACACUUUUAUUGUCGGUUACUAUCUUACCAUCUUCGUCGACUGUUUCCAUGGGUAUUUUAUGGCGCCAAAAUUCUUUUGGGUUUUCCGUGCAUAUAGUUUUCAGUUCAACUUGUUUGUCCCUUUCAGACUGCCGCUUACAUCGUAUAAUUUCCCUCUCAAAACGACGUUGCUUUAAUGUAUACAGGCGCCUGUAUUUAAGUUUGUUUCGUUUGGUACUGUGACACUUUAGAAAUGCAUGUUCACUUUCACACACAUCUUUGAAGAGAGAGUCAAGGUCACUGUUCCACCACAGUUUUGACUGAUGACGGAAGCCCUUUUUUGAUCGUUUUGACAUGUCACUGUGUUUUACUUUUGCAAGGAGUGCUUCAUAGUAUAAGUUACACACCUCUGUAUAUAAAUUAUCGAUUUCACUUUGGCGCAAAUUACACGUUUGUAUUCUAUCGAUCAUUUCUAUCAGUCAGUUGUUUUCGAUAAACUGCGCUGGUAUUGAGUCGUAAUUAAACCUCUUCCCAUUUAUUGGAUUAUUAUUAUCAGUACACAUUCGUUGGCUCUGUUUGUUUCAUUAUUGAUUAACGUUUUAACAGUCAUUGUAAAACAUAGUACUGAUUGGUCAGGCAUUGCGCAAUCUGGUUUAAUGUGGUACCUAUUGCUGAGUUCUUUAACGGUAUGUACCUCGAAUCUGUUAAAUAAAUCGAUGUUCGAGUGUGGGGUGAAUAUGUAGUCUACCACUGCUUUCCCUUUAGUAGAAAUUGACGUGAAAUUGUCAUAUUCCGGAGAAAUACGUCCAUUUAAUACGCAGAGUUUCGCUUCUCCUAAAAAUUCGACAAAUGAUUCACCGUGCCUAUUUUUUGUUAAGUCAAUUGGUUUUCUGACAUUCACAUUAUCUAUAUUUACGAUGGUGUCGUUUAAAUCCGAGAUUCGUCCGUUUAUGUCACCGCAAAACAAUAAGCAGUCCGCAUUUGAGAGUAGGUAUGCAUUGCCCGUUAGAUGAUCAAAGAAUUCGUCCACGUGCUGGCAUCAAUCUGAACCUUCGGGCGGUAGAUAACAUACUGUAAUGACAAUUUAAAACGAUGAUAGUUUGUUCGUAAGCUUUAGGCUAAGGAUGCCUUCGAAAGGUUUGCUAUCACACGUUAGAUAGAAAUUUUCUUCAAUCGUGUGUUUAAUAAGAAUCGCAACGCCUCCUGAUCCACAUGUUGCUGUUUUCUUUAAUUUCUCCCUGUUAAACAAAUAUGGCCUGUAGUUCUCUAUAAAAAUAGUAUCCGUUGAUCUUAAUUUUGUUUCUGUUAGGCAAAUGAUAUCAGCAUUUAGUUUACUUUAUAUAUCCCUCUUGGGUAAAUGGUUGUUCUGUGUCCAUCCGUUAAUGUUAUAUAUCGAGAUUUUAAUUGUUUUGGCACAUAGCUGGGUGGUAUCUUAUUUUUGCGAUAGAUCUGCAGUAAGGGGCGUCUCUGGGAUUGGUCCGCGAUAGCGCUCCCCUGCGAUAAAAAAGCGCUCCGUUUCUAAAUCGAACUUCUUUCUUCUCGCACACAGCUUGCUCUAUCACAGGUUUUAACCGUAACUUCAGCUCUUUGUCAGUUUUAGAGAGGUCGUCGGUUAUAUAGUUAGAGUUGAAAAUGGAAAGUUUGUCGGUAAAAUAUCGUACUUUAAAUACGAUUUGUCUUAUUUUCCCGGUUUGCUUUGUUCCUGUUCUGUAUGCAUUUUCGACGUGUAUGUCAGUGUCUCUUCUGGGUUUUCGUUAUCACGCUAAUGAUACCCCACUUGCCUUAAGUUGUUUUUGACAACCUGUCGUUCAAAUUCUGCCUGUCGUUUUUGUAGAUUUGAUAUAAUUUGAUUUGCAUCAGCCAGCGAUUUUUGUACGGAUAAAUACUGUGCGCUGAGUUUUGUGUUCUCUUUUUUAAUGUCUAUUAUCUCCGAAUGUGCGAACUCUAUAGACUUGCUGUGUUCUGUGUACAGGUUCUCUGCACGCCCCAUUCUUGUUUCAUAUUCGUCCAGGCGUUUCGUUAUAAUGAUUUGAUUUUCAAGCACAUUUGAAAUGGAAGUCCUAAGAAAACUAAACUGUUAUCGUACGAAUUGUUCGAAUCCUUCCCCUUGUGUUGUUAUAUCUGGGUGUGAAUCCGCCAUUACAGGUGCAGUUUUUUGCUUAAAUCAAACACUGGAGCGGUGCUGUCACUGUCACUAUCAGCAGGGUAAAGCACUGAACAUGUUUGCGAAAGAAUGUCAAUUAUUCCAUCAUUUACAUGUCCGCUAGAGCCCUGACGUUGUUGCUUUAAGUCUUUCUCAUUAAGAUCCGAAUUACUACUUUUUGCGUUUCUCUCUGCGUUUCUCUCUGUUCUUCCCCAUGCGUGUAACGGGACGUGAUUAGUUAUACCGAUUCACAUGCGCGCUUCAUUCUGAGGAUUGCGUAUCACUCAUGCGUGACGAGUAACGGAGAAAUAACCGAAGUGAGAACUUCUCAAUUUGUCACAGCUAAAAUCCAAUACAAAGAUAAAAAUGUAAGCAUUCAUUUAUUUUAUCCGGUAUUAUAGCUAUUCUUACAACUUUACAGUUCAAAUGAAUCUAGGAUGGUAGAGACUCACAUGCGACACACAUAUAUUCAAUCAUAAUCCGUAUACACUAUAUCAGAAUCUCACUAUUUUGGUUUUAUUUCACAAUUUAUUAUGGCGCUUAGAAAACAUCGACCAGCCACACCGGAAGCAGAAGUGUAUUCCUAGUCUACUAUUUACGGACCCAAUAAUGAUAAACCUAAUUUUUAUGAUAAACUUUUUUCUAAAAUAGAAACAUUUGGACACGGCGACUAUAUCAUAUGUGGAGAUUGUAAUCUUGUACAAGAUUAUAAAUUAGAUUAUUGAAAUGAUAAAAAUCUAGAUAAAAAACUCAUGAGCAAUUUUAUCUACUAUUACUAAUAAUAGAAGCUUGGUAGAUACUUUUAGAUAAAUCAAUGUUGAUAUUAACCAAUAUACAUAGAGAAAACAAAAUACUCUUCAGCAAGCCAGCCUAGAUUUUUUCCUUGUCACUAGCAAUCUUAUGCAACACAUUAGCUAGUCCGAAAUUAAAGCUAGCUACAUAUCUGACCAUCUAGUUAUAACUUAAGAUUUAAAUCUCUUGGAAGUAGCCCAUGGUAAAGUACUUUGGAAAUUCAACAAUUCAUUUUUACAUGAUGAAGAAUAUCUAUAGACUAUUUAAUUUUUAUUUUUAGAAAUUAACACAGUAUUGCUUACCUGUGUAUAACACCGAACUGCUUAAUACUAUUGAUAACAACUUGUUGCGAAUUACUUUAAAUGAUCAAUUGUGUUUAGAAGCUCUUUUUAUGGAAAUCAGAGGAAAAACAAUAAUGAUUUCAUCUUACAAUUUCAAGGAUAGGGCAUUUCAAAUUGAAACACUAGAAGAAUAUUUAUAAAACAAAUGCUGAUGAGCUUAACUUAUAGCAACAGGGACUCUCAAAUAAACGUGAAACAAAAUAAAAGGGAUCAUUUAUAAGAUCAAUAGCAAAAUCGGCAGAUAAAGGAGAACAACCAACAAAAUAUGUUUGUUAUUUUGAAAAACAACAUUCAUCCAGUAAAACUAUCCCUUAUAUUAUAAACAAUGAUGGCCAAAGUAUAUAUGAUCAAAACGAAACUGAAGCUGAAGUUGAAUAGACAGAAACAGUAACAAAUGAAACCAAUAGCCAUUCGGACAUAUUUGAUGAGCUAGAACACUUACAAAUAGUUAAACUUAUAAAUGAUGACGGUCAGUCAUAAUAUGGCAUGCUGACAAUUGCAGAAAUCACUGCUACAUUUAAAAUAUGAAAAUGAGAAAAGCCCAGACUCAGAUGGCUUCAACACAGAGUGUUUCAAAAGUUAUUUGAAGGAUCAUAUUAAUUUAUUCGAAGAAGUUAAAAGUAUGCCUACAUCUCAGGAUCCUUGUCAAUUACUCAAAAACAGGGAACUAUAACAUGCAUAUCAAAAGAAAACAAACCAAGGCAAUUUGUUCAAAGCCUAAGACCUUUAACACUUUUAAAUAUUGUUGAUAAGGUAGCCUCAGGUACAAUUGCAAAUAUAUUAAAAACUUUUAUAGAUAAAUUUAUUGCCAAAGAUCAAACUUGCCUUAUUAAAGGAAGAUAUAUAGAAGAAAACAAACGACUACUAUUUGAUAUUUUCAAAUACACAGAAGAUAACAAAAUACCUUGACUUUCAAUGACAUUGGACUUUGAGAAGGCCUUCGAUACACUCUACUUUAAUUUUAAUGAAUAACAGGUAUUUCAUUUUAAUUUUGGUACUAUGCUCAGAAAUUGGGUCCGUCUUUUCUUAUAUAACACCAUGAAAACUAUUCAGAUCAAUGGGUUUCUAUCAGAUUUCAUUAUACUUUAAAGCGGAUGCCGUAAUUGUGACCCAAUCAGCUCAUAUAUCUAUAUUUAAAGCGCAGACAUUUCAGCCAUUCUAAUUCGAAAGACAAAAACAUAAAAUGAAUUACGAUAAAACAGUUUAAUACAAGAUAGCUGAAUUUGCAGAUGACAUCUCUCUUUUGUUAGAGGGUUCUAAUAUCUCUUUUUAUACAGUUUUGCAGUUAUAACAUAAUUUUGCUUUAGAGUAUGGAUCGAACAUAAACGUUGUCAAAAGAUGUAUGAACGUUGAAUACGAUUUAUAAAGACAUAUUGUGUACAUCUUGAACAUUCAUGUCUAAGCAACGAAUUGAAGCUUGAACAGAUACCACAGACAUUCAUUUAAUUUGUAUUUUUAUUUUACGAAGGUCUAAAUAGAUCUGUAGUUCAUUAAACACUUAGUUUAACAUGUGUAAAAAACAAUAACCAACAAUGGAGCUUAUAUUUCUUGUUACCUAACAAGGGUUUUGAUCCAGAAUCAAAAUUAACAAAUAUUUGAAACUUUUAUUUCAAAUACUGAAAAACCUUUAAGUGAAACAAAAUGGAAUGAAAUACUACCGACUGCACUUAUGUGCACAGCUUUGUUUUAAAGAUAACCAGAAAUACUUACAUACAAUGGUUACAUACUAGAAUAAUACAUAUAAUCUUAGGUACUAAAUAUCUGCUAUAUAAAAUGAAAAUUAUUGAUGAUAUUAAAUGCACAUUUUGUAAUAAAUAUGAAGAAAGAUUAUAUCAUCUUUUCUGGGGCUGUGAGCACAAACAAAAAAUUGUUCAACAUGUUCCAAAUGUAUUGAAUAAAAAUAUGCCCAUAUGCCUACACUCUCUUGCCAGGACAUGAUUCUUGGAAUGUUUACGGAAAAAAUGAAUCCUAUCAAUAUAUUGCUUCUUGAAAUUAAAAGGUAUAUCUUAAUGUGUAAACAAACGAACGAAAUCUCGAAUGUUCCAGGACUUAAGAAAAGUCUACUUUUAUCAUGUGAAAUCCAAAAACAGACGACUCGACAAAAUAAUGACUUCCCAAAUUGGUCAGUUGUAAGAAUAUUCAUUCAAUGUACCAAAGCCAAUAUAAUUCAUUAUUACAAAAUAUGUACAACAAAUAAAAUUUUAGUCGAAUUAAUACAUGCCUACUUUUCAAAUUUAAAUUGUGUAGUUCUUCUAUACAAUAUCAAUGUAAAUCUUUAUAAACUUACCAGAGAAACAUGUUAUUUGUUAUUCUUGCCUAUAAUUUUAUUAAAAUACAAUUAAUUCUUGUGGUAUGAUUUUUACAAUGUUUAUAUAUUUAUAGUAUACAUAGUGUGUUUAUAUGUCUCUCUCCAAAUACUAGCUUAAAUUGCGUGCAACUAACACAAAAGCUUUUAUAUAUAUAUAGUAUACACAGUGUGAAUGUAUGUCUUUCCUGAAAUAUAAACUUAAAUUGCGUGCAACUAACACAAAAUCUUUUCGACCUGCACAUACCUAUGGACGAGGUAAAUACAGUAUAUUUUCUUCUUAAAUAAAUAAAUAAAUAGUGAACAUUAUAUUGAAACUGCCAUAAAACAUGUUAACUACCUAAACGGAACUAUUCAUCAUGGAAAACUAAAACUACGAUGUGUGAAUCCGCGAUAUUAUUUGCAGUUGUUUUUUCAUCUUUUACUUCAACAGUGCUCUGCUUUUAUGUGCUUAUUAAAACUACUUUACACAUGCUUGCAGUGUGUUUGCAAUACAUGUUUAACUAAAACGUUAAAUUACCAUCCGCAUUUUGCUGGACAUAAAAUUGUUUAUUUGCUUUAUUGUUUCUUUUCCAUGUGUAAACAUCCAUAUGAAUAACAAACUAUUAAAGUGUAUUUUUAUUUUA